GAAGAAGAAUCUGUUCCAACAAUAAAUUUUCUCCAAGAUGGCGUCAACGCAGUUAACAGACGAGGAGCUAUUUUCCCAGUUAAAAUCUUUUGGUAUCACCCCAGGUCCGGUUACCGAGAACACUCGUCCGGUGUAUCUGAAGAAAUUGAAGAAGCUUCGUGAAGAGCAGCAGCAACGAGGAUCCAAACCCAGUAAGACCCGUGGCAGCGGAACCAUUACUGGUAGUAAGUGCCCAGCGGCAUUAAGGCCAGUUAGACAUGACGUCACGCACCCGAGCACUAGCAGGAGACCGGGCCGGAAGUCUUCCGUCCUCGGCUUCAGCUCCGACGAGUCUGACGCUGAAACUCCGCUAAAAAGGAAGGGCCUGGAUCCCAGUGGAAGGCCGAACCGGAGCUCCGGCUGUCCCCAACAACCGAAGUUUAAAGUGGGAACGCCGUCGACCGAGACUCGGAGGCAGUAUGGUGCUGAGAAGUCUCUAAACAGCAGCUCACCCCCGGGUCCUGGCGGACAGAUGAAUGCCUCUCUGAAUUGGGGGGUCGAUGAAAGAUCCAGGCACUACGAGGAGUCCGGGGAUGAGGACUACUGUGAAGACGAGUUAAAGAACUCGCGUUCAGUCAAUGGUCGCGGUGCGUCUCGGCUGAACAGCAGCAAACUAGCCGGAGAGUAUUCAGACUCUGACGAAGAGGAAGUGGGGGGCCCCGGGGCCCGAGACUCGGAGCGGAGUAGACUGGAAGUCCGGCGGAGCCACAAGGGAGUUUACCCCGGUGAGAAAAACAGUGCGCUUAAUCCGCCUGGGACUCGGAAAAUGGUGGGAGGCCAGGAGGAGGAUGAGGAAGGAGGAGAGGCAAUGGAGGAGAAUCUGGAAUCACGGAGCCACAGGUUUCCCAGGAAGUCCUUCCACGUGUCCCCCACGGAAAAACAAGGAGGAAAACCCGGUAAAAACCAUCACUUUGACGGCAAAGACGCAGCCCUGUUAAGUAAUAACACUAGUACCUGGAGUGCUGGUCUGAGACCGCGGUUCUCCGGCUACAGUAGCCUGGCCCCGGGUUACAGGGACAACCACUCCAACCACACCCCCGCUCCCAACCACUCCUACAGCCCGCUGGGGAAGAAGAAGCACUCCGUGCCGGAGGAUGAGCUGCUUCUGCAGUUCAGAAGGGAAGAGCUGGCCUCGCCUGGGAGCUUCAGCGCACAUUAUCUGUCCAUGUUCCUGCUCACGGCGGCCUGCCUCUUCUUCCUGCUUCUGGGCCUCGUCUACCUCCGGAUGAGGGGCUCCGGGACAGCGGAGAUGGACGGUGUGGUUAAGAGCCACCCGUUUGGCAGCGACUUCGACUCCUCGUAUAACAAGGCAGAGAAAGAGGUGAUCCUGAAGCUGCUGCUCUGUCUUCAUGACCACCUGGCCAGCGUUGCAGGCCAGUAUGACUGCGGAGACCAGCAGCAGCAUCCCAACAGGAGUCUUUCCAUAGACGAGGCCUCAUCAUAUUUACUGGCCCAGAAUCAGGAAUUUGAAGCGUUUCUUCAUACGUCUCUGGAGUGGAUCAUCCGGACGGACCAGGAUGUUGGUAUAAGGCUGACGGGGCAGGUAGCCGAUGAGCCGGUGACCGAUGUGUCUGACAUCGCUCGGCUGGAGUCCACUCAUCCCAGGAUGCCCUUCACAUGCCGGUUUAGACGAGCCUUCCUCACAGUCAUUGGCAAAGUCCUCCUCGUUGCAGUUGUGGUGGGCUUGGUGUGGAGUGUGGUCUGCUACAUGAAGUAUCGGUGGAGGAGGGAGGAGGAGGAGACCAGGCACAUGUAUGACAUGGUGGAGAGGAUCAUCGAUGUGUUGAGGACUCAUGGUGAGGCGUGCCAGGAGAACCAGGACCUGCAGCCCUACCUGCCUAUCCCUCAUGUCAGAGAUUCCCUGGUCCAGCCUCAGGACCGGAAGAAGAUGAAGAAGGUUUGGGAGCGAGCGGUCAGCUUCCUGUCAGCCAACGAGUCCAGGAUCCGAACAGAGACUCAGAGGAUUGGUGGAGCAGACUUCCUGGUUUGGAGGUGGAUCCAACCUUCGCUCAGCUCUGAUAAAAGCAGCUCGAUGCCCCCCAAAGUCUGGCAGGGAAAAGCUUUCCCUUUGGAUCGGAGGAAUUCUCCUCCCAACAGUCUCACUCCAUGUCUGAAGAUCAGAAACAUGUUCGACCCGAUCAUGGAGGUUGGGGAGAACUGGGAUUUAGCCAUCCAAGAAGCCAUCCUGGAGAAGUGCAGCGACAACGACGGCAUUGUCCACAUCGCUGUUGACAAGAACUCUCGGGAGGGUUGUGUUUAUGUCAAGUGUCUCUCUGCAGAAUACUCAGGGAAAGCCUUCAAAGCUCUCCAUGGCUCCUGGUUUGAUGGGAAGCUGGUGACUGUGAAGUAUCUGCGUCUGGACCGGUACCACCAGCGCUUCCCGCAGGCCCAGAGCUGCAGCACCCCGUUGAAGCCCUCCAGCCUCCACCCCAACACCCCCUCCUCGCCCUGCCAGCACCACCACGUCUCAGCCAAUUCUUCAGGCUUCUCAUGAGAUGAGCGUGUCACCCCCCCCCCCAGCAUCACGGGGGGCGCGUCUGGUGGAACAUAUCCCCCCCCGCCCCCCCUCCCUCCCAGCAUCACCAAACCGAUCCCUGAUGGGGAACACUUCAGCUCCCCAACCCCCCAGCAUAUUUGCAGAGAAGCAGUUCAGUGGUGCCGUGUUGGUUUUCCAGAGUUUAUCUGGAGUAUUUAAGACGUGUGCGUAGACUUCAGCCUUCUCCACUCUUCUUCCAGAGUCGGACAGAUUCCCAGCUGCAUAUAUCCAGGAGCAGUCUGUAUGUACGCUUUCAGCAGCGGUUUUAAUCUCAUGAUUUGUGGAAGGUGGAAAGAUGAGAUUCACGUGAUUUCUGAAGCACAAGCUUAAAUCACAUCUGUAUGAAAACAUUUUGCUGCAUCGGAAGACGGGAGAUGGACAUUCAGCGACAUCGUUCUGGCGAAACUCCGGAAAUGUUUCCCUCAGCUGAUGCUUUUCCAGAAUAUAUUAUUGCCAAGUUAUAAUAAUUCAUAUUAUCUUUCCUAAAUUAAUAAUUGACCUGUUUGAACUGGGCUUGUUUCUGCUGUUAACAGAUUGUUUAUAUUGUCUCCAGAUCUGAGGAGCAAACAUCAGAUCGUUUACAGUCUGAGCUCUUCCCACUUCUGCGAAACAGAUGUUUGUUGUCAUGACGACGCCAGGUUCUGAUGCUAGCGCUCUUUAACUUGUUUGUAACACUAAAUUCUCACACUAAGCUUGUGUAUUACAACGACAUGAACACGAGGACCCGUCUGCAGAUUUUCAUUUGAUGCAGUGAACUUUUUUUUGCAGUGUAAAAUUGAAUCUGUGCACAUUUCCUGCGUUGAGCGGCUGCAGCGACGCUUUGCAGCCGAUGAUCCGACUGUGCCUUAAAUUUGUGCUUUUUCUUUUUUUUUACUGGCACUGUUACUGGAGAAUGUAGUAGAUUAAAGUGUAAAACCUGGAUGUAGUUUUAGUUUGACAUUUUCAGAGUUGGUAUUUUGUAGCAGUUCCUUCAAUAUUAAACCAAAAGCUUCUAUUUAUUUUUUCUUUUUUUUUUUUUUUUUUAAACAAGGGUGAUGUAUUAUUUUAAUGUCACUUAUAUAUGUUUUUCAUCAAUGAUCAACCUUACAUUUGCUACAAGAUCUGUCAGGAUAUGUAAGAUAAAAUAAAGUCAACACUUUGAGAAAUAUGUUGAGUGUUUGGAGCUGAAACCUUUCUGGAUGUUUCCGGCUGGACGCCUAGAAUUCACUUUGGAGAAGCAUCUGAUGUAAAUCUGUAUGUUGAUGUACUGAUGUGUGAAGCUCUUCUGUUUUCUGAGCUGCAGUAUCACACAUUUUAAAACAAACACCAGUCCUGAUGUCAUUUUCAAAGUGGCUGCAAUUAAAAGCAAAUUAGUUUUUA